AUGCUCGCUACAACCCUGCGCCGCUCAGCGGCCUCCAAGCGCGCGCUUACUCAGCUGCAGAACCAGCGCCGCCACGGUGGAUCGCUCAGCAAGAACAAGCACAUCGAGAACUGGAACAACUGGCGAGGAGACUCGGAGAAGCGCUUCAAGUUUGACAGCGAGUUUUUCACGUCCAUGGCGGCCUGGGGUCUCUUCCCCUUCGGCCUCUACUACGUCAUGGGAGCCGAUGAACGUCGUAAGCGUGACCUGCGCAACGGCGUCCCGGAGAAAUUCCGCCAGUAA